AUGGCCGCUCGACACUCCCGCAAGCUUCUACGGCCCCUUCUCUACACCUCCGCUGCUGCCGCGGCCGGAGCUGGUGUACUUUAUAUCUCCUACAGACCCCGUAAUAUUCCCGGCUUGGAAGCCCCUGCGGUCCCCCCUCCCGGAUACAGUGAAGGAAAGCUCCUGCCCCCGAACUUUCCCCGGAUCAAGAGUCGAGAUGAGCAGAUCGCAGAUCUGAAGAAGAGCUCCACAAAGGAGCAAGAGUACGAUCUUCUGGUCAUUGGCGCGGGCGCCACGGGAUCGGGAAUUGCGCUGGAUGCGGCCACGCGAGGUCUGAAGGUCGCCAUUGUCGAACGGGAUGACUUCAGUUCCGGUACGAGUAGUAAGAGUACGAAGCUGGUCCACGGCGGUGUCCGAUAUCUUGAGAAGGCCGUGUGGGAGUUGGAUUACAACCAGUAUAAACUCGUCGUGGAGGCCCUUCGGGAGCGGAAAUACUUCCUGAACACCGCUCCCCAUCUGUCCUCAUGGCUUCCUAUCAUGGUCCCUGUGCAGAAGUGGUGGCAAGCUCCGUACUUCUGGGCGGGCACCAAGUUCUACGAUUUCCUGGCCGGUUCUGAAGGAAUUGAGAGUUCCUACUUCCUGACCAAGAGUAAGGCAUUGGAAGCCUUCCCUAUGUUGAAGAAAGAGAACCUGUUCGGAGCUCUGGUCUACUAUGAUGGUGCUCACAACGACUCCCGCAUGAACGUCUCCCUCGCAAUGACCGCUGCCCUGUACGGUGGUACGGUCGUCAACCACAUGGAAGUGACUGGCCUUGAGAAGGGUCCGGAUGGUAGGCUCAACGGUGCUCGCGUGAAGGAUUGCAUCCGUGAGAAGAACGGCCAGGCACCCGAGGAGUUCACUAUCAAGGCCAAAGGUAUCAUCAACGCCACUGGUCCCUUCAGUGACUCCAUCCGCAAGAUGGAUGAGCCCACCGCGAAGGAGAUCGUGGCUCCUAGCGCCGGUGUCCAUGUCAUUCUGCCCGGUUACUACAGCCCUUCGAAUAUGGGUCUCAUCGAUCCUUCUACUUCUGAUGGCCGUGUGAUCUUCUUCCUCCCUUGGCAGGGUAACACGAUUGCUGGAACGACGGACCAGCCCACCGCCAUCACACCGAACCCCCUCCCCACGGAGCAGGACAUCAACUGGAUUCUGUCCGAGAUCAGAGGUUACCUUGCCCCCGAUAUCAACGUGCGACGUACUGACGUCCUGGCUGCCUGGGCCGGUAUUCGACCCCUGGUGCGCGAUCCCAACAAGACUAACACGGAAGGUUUGGUCCGUAACCACCUGAUUUCGGUGUCUCCGUCAGGCCUCUUGACUUGCGCCGGUGGUAAGUGGACCACUUAUCGCCAGAUGGCCGAGGAGGCAGUAGACGAGGCCAUCAAGGUAUUCAAGCUUCAGCCUAGCCCGCUGCGCGAUGUUCCCGACAUCAGCGGUGUUGGAGGUGCCGGAUUGGUCUCCGACGGUGCUGUUCUCGAUGGUUCCUGCCAGACUCACCAGGUUCGCCUGAUUGGUGCUCACGGCUGGUCCAAGACGCUUUUCAUCAACCUCAUCCAGCACUUCGGUCUCGAAACCGAUGUUGCAAAGCACCUGGUUGAAUCUUACGGAGACCGUGCCUGGCAAGUGGCUGCCCUGUCAUCUGCCACUGAGCACCGUUUCCCCGCAAGAGGCAAGCGUAUCUCGCCCCUCUACCCCUUCGUCGAUGGUGAGGUGCGCUACGCUGUCCGCCACGAGUAUGCACAGACCGCCGUCGAUGUCAUUGCUCGGAGAACCCGUCUGGCCUUCUUGAACGCUCAGGCGGCCAUGGAGGCCCUGCCAAAGGUCAUCGACCUGAUGGGUGCGGAGCUCAAGUGGGACGACAAGAGGAAGGAUCUUGAAUGGUCCGAGUCUCUCAAGUACCUCGAGUCGAUGGGUCUGCCCAAGAGCCGUCUUUCGCUCACCCGGGAGGACGUCGAGAGCGGCAAGUCGGCUGCUAUUGACGAUGCUGAGUUGCAGCUGUACUCGCGGAGUGGUAAGUUAUAUUCAUCUAUUUCCUGCGCACAACUCCCCCGCUGGAAUAGUAAUACUGACUGGUCUUAUAGAUGA